CUAGCGUUCAGACCGUGGAGAAAUACUAGGCAGAAGAUGGCUGACUCAACCGGGCAUCGCGAGCCCGCAACAGCAGCAUCAACUUCACCGGGGCUCUCUUCGCGGCUGACACUCGCUGUUCCGCAACUCUGAGACGGCCCCGCCUCAGACACGCUCCGAUUUUUCUCCCCAAACUGCAAAUAUUGACAGAGACAUUGUAAGACAUGGCAGAGAUGGAGAAAGAAGGUAGACCUCCAGAAAAUAAAAGAAGCCGAAAACCUGCACACCCCGUGAAACGGGAAAUUAACGAGGAGAUGAAGGUGCGGGCCGAGCGGGCCCACCCCUGGGCGGGCGAGACGGGUGAACUCCAUGGCAACCCGUCCUACUCCAUGAGCUUUGCAGAGAACACCAUGAAUGAGUUGCUUGGCUGGUACGGCUAUGACAAGGUGGAUCUCAGAGACUCGGACGACAUUGAGCUCCGCAACUGUCCCGAUGGGGAGCUUCGACAGCACAUCUCAGUCGUGAAAGAAAAUUCUUUGCCAAAAGCGUCGCUGAUGGAGCACAACAGCACAAGCUCGCCACCCCACGCCAACAGCUCUCGCUCCACACCUACGCCGAGGAACGGGGUGACAUCAGAGCCCUCCUCCACCGCCUCCACCUCUGCGCCCAGCGCGAAGGAUCAUGGGGGCAUGCCCAUCAUUGUGCCCCUCAUACCACCACCUGUGAUCAAGCCACCAGCUGAGGAGGACGUGUCUAACGUCCAGAUCAUGUGUGCGUGGUGUCAGAAGGUGGGCGUGAAGCGCUACUCUCUCUGCAUGGGUAGCGAGCUCAAGAGCUUCUGCAGUGAGAAGUGCUUCGCUGCCUGCCGCCGGGCCUACUUCAAACGCAACAAGGCGAGAGAGGAAGACGGCCACGCCGAAAAAUUACCCCACCACAGCUAUUCUAAGGAAACCCCCAGGCUUGUCUUCAAGACAAACAGCGAUGUCCUUGUCUGCGACUGGUGCAAGCACAUCCGCCACACAAAAGAGUACCUGGACUUUGGCGCCGGCGAGAGACGCCUGCAGUUCUGCAGUGCCAAAUGCCUGAACCAGUACAAAAUGGACAUCUUCUACAAGGAGACGCAGGCCGCCCUGCCGGGGGGCCUGUGCAACCCCCCGCCCCUGGGCCCGGGGCCCGAGGGAGGCAAGGGCGAGGGGGGCGGCGCGGGUGGACCAGGGGGUGCAGGUGGGGUGCAGCUCCUCACCCCCGAGUCCUGGAGCACGCCGCUGAGCGAGCUGCGACGCAAGGCCCCGUCCCCAGGGGGCCCGACGUCAGCCGGACCGUCCGGGUCCGCGUCGGGGUCCCCGUCCGAACACCACGCCGUUUGCUCCUCGGCGUCGUCUUCGUCGUCUUCGUCAGCGUCGUCGGUGAAGAUUCCGACGCCGAGACCGUCGCACGACGCCAACGCGACGGGGCCACCGCCUCCGCCUCUGCCGCCCCAUCCUGUGCCGCCGGGCCUGCAUCCGUCCCUCGGCGUACCGCCCGGUAGCCCCCCCAUGGUGAUGACCCACCGCGGGCCGGUGCCUCUGCCCUUAUUCAUGGAGCACCAGAUGAUGCAGCAUCAGAUGAGGCCUCCGUUCCUGCGGCCGCCCCACACGCCGGGGCCCAACAGCCCCCUGUCCAACCCCAUGCUGGGGCCCGGCAUCCCGGGACCGCCUCCGCCCCGCAACCUGGGGCCGCCCUCCAGCCCCAUGCACCGGCCCCAGUUCUCCCCACACAUGCACCCGUCCUCCACCCCCACGCUAGGGGGGAACCCACCGCCGGGCAUGAUGCCCCCCGGGCACCCCCACAUGCCAGGCCUGCCUUUCCCGCCGGUCAACAUGAUGCCGGGGGGCCCACUGCCCAUGCCGCCGGUGAUGAACUUCGGCCUGCCCUCGCUGGCGCCGCUGGUGCCGCCCCCCACGCUCCUGGUGCCGUACCCCAUCAUCGUGCCCUUGCCCGUGCCCAUCCCCAUCCCCAUCCCCAUCCCCUUCAGCCCCAAGGCCUCCGAGGACCGGCCGGCGGGUAACGACGGCACCGUGCCCAGCGGGUCUGCGUCGGGGGCACCGGGCGGCGACUCCAAAGACCCGCGGCCCUUUACGCCAGGCUCCUCCAGAGGAGGGGGCGGCAGCGAGCCCAAGAAGGGCUCCUCUCCCAACACGGACACUCUCUCCCCGGGCUACUCUGGGUACUCACUGGGCACGGAGAGAGGCAGCAGCAGCAGCAGCAGUAGCAACAGGCCCGGGGUGGUAGACUUGACAGUGAAGGUCGAAAGCCCUGGAGGUAGUGGUAGUGGAGGUGGAGGUGGCGGUACUUAUAACAACACCUCUUCAUCCUCCUCCUCCUCCACCUGCACCUCCUCCCUCUCUUCUCUCUCCUCCGCCUCCUCCUCCUCCUCCUCCCAUCGCUCCCAUUGCAGCUCCCCAGCAGCCUCAGCCCCAACAGCCGCCGCACCUUCAGAAGGCGUAAUAGACUUGACCACGAGCCGGCGACCCCGGCAGCAGCUGGUGAUCCAGCGGACGGUGCCCAGUGUGGAGGUGAAGGUGGAGGCUGAGAGCAGCCUGCUGACUCCCAUGGUGCCAUCGGGGGAGGCGGAGGCCAGGCGGACGGAGCAGAGUGCAAACAUCAGCAGCGGUGGUGGUAAUGGGCGUGGUGGCAGUAGCACCGUCACCGCCACAGGUCGAGGAGGGGAGGAGAGCGACCAUAGGGACGCUGACAAUGCUCUAGACUCUACAGCGGUGGUCCUGCCAUGUGGUGAUUCGUCCUUUUGUGGGGCCACGCCUCCUCUAGCCCAGCCAAUCACAUGCAGCGGAACCCCCGCCCUGCCGGCCCCGGCCCCACCAACGCCUGCGCCCGCCGUGGAGCUCGGCUCUGCGGCGCCGUGCAACGUCAUCGUGAACGGAGGCGGCGGGGCUCCGUCGCUAGAGCUCGCCGGAGCUCGGCGGAUGGUGACCGCCUCCGCGUCUGACCAGCGCCCCCUCCUGGCCGAGCCGGCGUCCGCGGCCCUGCUGGAGAGCGAGGAGGAGCUGAAGGAGAACAGCUGUGCGGCGGCCGCCGAGUGGGACGCCGCCGGUAAGAGGGGGUCCUCCGCCGCCGCUGCCGCCACUGGCACCGCCACUGCCGCCGCAGCCAACCCCGAGGAGGCGGGAGGAGUGGUGGGCGGUGGGGGUGGUGGGGUCGUAGGAGGAGGGCUCGGCGGGGACCCUAAACUGGCAGCCGGUGGAGGGGACCCCGGGGCCGUCAUGGACGAGGAACAUGCGUACGCGCUGCCCACCCACCUGCCACCCAACAAGGUUGGCUGCGUCAUCCAGCCCGUGCCAAAGCCAGGGGCCGACAAGACGGGGGCCACCAUCUUGCCCUGCGGCCUGGCGCCCCCGCUGACGGCCACGGGCCCCCCGGAGAUGGAGCCGCCACUCAAGAGGAGGUGCCUGCGCAUCCGCAAUCAGAACAAGUGAGAGGAGACGCACACAGCUCUGACAAAUGACAACCAACAGCCAACGAGAUGAGGAUGGAAUGAGGAGAGUCCCAUAGAAGCAGCCACCAGCCAUUUGCCAUCACAACACCUCUCGUCCAGCCACCUCCAUAACCACCACCGUCACAAACACCACCACGGGCACAGCACAGCAGAGCCAUGGAACACAUCAUGGCCACACCACAUCACCCAGCUGUCCCCACUGUUUGCUUUCCUUCUCCCCCCACUAUCACCACCAUCACCUGUCUCUGCCCAGGCAGGCACAGACUGACAGCGCCCCAGUCCCGAUGACACAGACAGAGCCCAUCAGGGCCGCUGACAGCUUUGGCAGGGCCCAGGACAAAGUCAUCUGAAAGGGCCCCCCCACCCUAUACAUUCAAUGUAAUGAGGACCCACAUUUUGGGCCCCUCAUCUCCCUGGGCCUGGGACAGCCGACCCCUUUGUCCCCCCUUGUCAGCUUCCCUGGAGCCCAUCACAUAUCGGAACCCACCACCACCACCACCACCACCACCAAUGCUGAUACCCCCCUAACCCUUAUCCCUACUGCCGGGGGGAGGCCAGAAAUCUUCUUCUCACAUUUCUCACAUUAGAGACAUUCCUUUGCCACAGUGUCAUCCUCCUCCUGCGUUAACCCCGUCACCUCCACCUUGAGACGUGAUCCUCCCCAGACACACAGAGCCCCCUCGGCCGUUCCGGACGACCGGAGGAGCUAGAGGCCCGGCCCUUCUGUGUGUGUGUGUGUGUGUGUGUGUGUGUGUGUGUGUGUACGCAAGCACAUGUAUGUGCAUGCGCGCGCGUGUGUGUAAUGUGCCGCAGGCAGAGUGCUGAAGCAGGCCUCCAAAGUAGGGCCUCACCCUCUACCUACCAUCUCAGCAGCUCCUACAUCACUACACAGGUGAUGGACACCAGUCUGACAUGUCUGGAAGAACAAGAAGAGGAAACAAAAAGGUUGUGUUUUGUGUAUGUGUGUGUGUGUGUAGUACACAAAAGACCCCCUAUGCGCUGACUGGUGCCAACAGUGGAUGGCCUUGUAAAGGGCCUUUUUUUUUUUUUUUUUUUAACCUCCAACUCCCAUUGUCAUUGCGACACAGCACUCCACAGCACACAAGUGAACACUGCACACUGCACACAACGAAAUUGCAUUUAUGCCUCACCCGUGCAAGGGGGCAGCCCUCAGUGGCGCCCCAUGGGGAGCAGUGCGGUGGGACGGUACCAUGCUCAGGGUACCUCAGUCAUGGAGGAGGAUGGGGGAGAGCACUGGUUGAUUACUCCCCCCACCAACCUGGCGGGUCGGGAGUCGGACCGGCAACCUCUGGGAUGCAAGUCUGACGCCCUAACCGCUCACCCAUGACUGCCCAUUCUGCCCGGAACAGAGGCUGUGGAGAUCUGCUGUGCUGUACUGUACUGUGCUGUACUGGCCUCAUUUGGUCUGGCCUGGGCUGUGGACUGAACAUGUGCCAAGAGAACAUGGCCUAAGGUCUAUACCGAGUAGUAGACCUCAAUCACCCCCCACUACUACGACUACCACAUCCUCUCUCUCUCUCUCUCUCUCUCUCUCUCUCUCUCUCUCUCUCUCUC